AUGGUCUUUUCAGGUAAAACCGGAAUGAGGGUUCCAAAAUCUGAUAAAUAAACCAUGUAAUCAAGUGAGAGUGCCGUUCACUGGGAACAUCUCCAAUUAGGGUUUUGAUUAUUUCGAACACACAGAGAAGCCAUCCGCCAUCAGCGAUGGGAGUAUUCACAUUCGUUCUCCGCAAAUCCGGCGCCGAGUGGACUGCGAAGCAGCACUCCGGCGACAUCGAGGACUCCGCCUCCUCCACCUACGACCUCCAACGCAAGCUCGUCAAUGCCGCUCGCGCCGCUGAUUCCUCCGGCGCCGUUCAGUCCUCUUUCUCUUUCGUUUCUCCCUCCUCUGCUGUCUUCCAGGUGGUUGUGGGUGGUGCAGUCUUCGUUGGAGGUGGUGCUGCUGCUGCUGCUCCUGCUGGUGGUGCUGCCGCAGAGAGCGCUGCCGCCCCUGCUGCCGAGAAGAAAGAAGAGAAGGUCGAGGAAGAGGAAGAUGAAGAUUUUGGAAUGUCACUCUUUGAUUAAAGAAUUCUCGUUUUACCUGAAUUUAGCUCACAAAAAGGUCUUUAAUCUUCAAUGCUAUUAAUUGUGUUAUCGUAGUACCAUUUUUUGUGUAUUGGCUUGCAACAGAUUUUAUACUCUUCGAUCAAAUAUUUUUGCUGUGAUCCCAACAA